AUGGCCCAACCCAAUCCAUACCUUCUCGCUUGCGACAAUCCCUCGGGGCUCCUUGAGCUCCUCCGCGCGAACCCUGCCAUUGCGUCCACCCAGGACGAGCAUGGAUACUCCCUCCUGCACGCCGCUGCAUCCUAUGGUCAUACCGAUCUCCUGCGUGCACUGGUUCAGGAAUUCGGUGUAGACGUGAACCUGCUCGACGAAGAUGGUGAAACAUGCCUGUUUGUCGCCGAGACCCCGAAAGUUGCCCGCUGCUUGGUCGAAGAAUUAGGCGUGAACUGCAAUAAAACAAACGAUGAUGGCUACAAGGCCCACGAGAAGAUGGAAGCAGAUGAUGAGUUUCCGCAGGUAGUUGCCUACCUUCGGGACGUCGUUGGCGCACCAGCUCCAUCGACUGACAGUGCCGAGGGACCAUUGAAUGCGCCCCCGCCAAUCCCUGAGAAUAUGAAGGUGAACAUUGGUACCAUGUCAGAGCAGGAAGCCAACGCCGGUGGAAUGGAAGUUGAUCCAGAAUUCAAGCGUCGGAUCGAUGAGCUUGCGGCCCGUGAGGACUUCAACAGCCAAGCCACGCAAGAUGAGUUGCGCGCCUUGGUUAUGGACGCUAUUUCCGGAUCGAGCAUCGAGACUGCCGACCGUGAGACACGGCGAAGGACAGAAUAA